AAUGGUGGGGAGGAAAACGAAUGGAUUACGCUCUCUAUUGUCCGGAAGGACUUUCAAACUUUCCGACAAACGCUCUACCUCAUUUAUUCCACGCAAGUUAUUGGGAAAGUUGUGAUGUUAUAGCUUUUAUCUUAAGGCAAAUAGGAGGUAUAGAAGUAACUUCCUUGCCAGGUGAUAAUAACAUGGAACAGAUGUUCCGACCGGGACAACCGAGAGAGAAGUGGAUACGAAAAAGGACAUCCGUAAAACUAAAGAAUGUUACUGCCAAUCACAGAGCAAACGAUGUCAUUGUUCGUGAGAAUGCCCCACAGGUGUUAACUGCGAGGUUCAUGUAUGGGCCUUUAGAUAUGAUAACUCUAACAGGAGAAAAGGUUGACAUUCACGUAAUGAAAGAUGCUCCUUUGGGUGAAUGGACACAUUUAUCUACUGAAGUUACCGAUAAAACUGGUAGAAUAACGUUUUGUAUCCCCGAUGAAAAAGCACUCACCUACGGACUUUAUCCCAUUAAGAUGGUGGUAAGAGGAGAUCAUACUGCCGUAGAUUUCUUUUUGGCUGUGGUUCCCCCUAAAACUGAAUGCAUUGUGUUCAGUAUAGACGGCUCAUUUACAGCUAGUGUUUCUGUCACUGGACGUGACCCAAAAGUUAGAGCCGGAGCUGUCGACGUUGUAAGGUAA